AACCCCUGUUGCAACCCCCUUGUUGCAGCGUACAUGUAAUAAUACGCUUCAACAACCAGUAGGUCAACGCGGGUCAAACUUUAUAAAGGGUUGUUGCAGCGUACAAAUUAAUUGCCCGCAGCAAGAGAGUUUUUUGCAGCGUACAAAAUAAAAGCCCCCUGCAAUAGCCCAUUUAUUUUGCAGCGUACAGAUAAAAGCCCGCUGCAAUAAAAAAAUUUCGCUGCAAAGCUAAUUAAGAAAAACAUUUCGGAUCUCAAACCUAAGGACGCUCAUACUCCCUCUUCUUCCCUCAGCUUUCCCUGCGUACUCUCUCACCUCCUCAUUCUUCUUCUUCUUCAUCUGCUCUCUUUCUCUCUCCUAAAUCCCUUCUUUCUCCGCCUGAACCACCACCUUGAAUUCUGUCGCUGCCCUACCCCCUCCCAUCGUCAUCCCCGCAGUUCCUUCACUCCACCACACUCAAUUUUACAUCUUAUCUUUCGCUUCAAGAAAUUUGAAAGGGGUGACGUAAAAAAUGGGAACCCGAGAAGUGUACGAGGAGAAGCUUCGAACUGGAAAUGUGUAUCACCAUGAUCCCACCAUUAAUCCUGGCCUCGGCACCCCUCGCUGCCCCCGUUGUCUCUUUCUCCUCGACUCCGAUUCUGUAUAUUCUCUUUGACCCUUGUUAAUUUUUUAUUGUUUUAUUGUUUUUCUCUGCCUUUUUCUAUGCACAUAAACUGUUCGAUGAUUUGUCUCUCAGAAAUUUCUUGCAUUUCUGACGAUUUCCCUUUUUGGGUUUCUUUUUGAUUUAGAAAAAUGGUGAAUGGACAAUUACUUCUGUCUUGCACGAUGCUACAGCUGUGGUAUGCUCUCUCUCUUUCUCUUUGCUUAUACCCAGAUAAGCCAGACUUCCCCCAAUUCUGAGGUCCUUUUCGUGAAUUCUCCCCCGUUUUCUCGCCGCGGUUUCUUCCCCAGGUAACUCCCAUUUCGACGCUUUUUUCUGAAUCCCCCCUUUUUUGUUCUAAGUUUUCUCUAAUUCGUGGUUUUUUUGGGUUUUUUGCAAGUAAUUGUUGAAAUUGGGUGACAAUUCGUCUUGGUUUUUGUGAAAAUUUGCUCGAGUCUUUCUCUCCAAGCAUCUGGCCUUCGACCUCAGCCUUCGAACUCAGCCGCCUUCGAAAUUGAGGAGGUAUAGUUUUCUAACUUUUUGUAUUUGUUUUUCCCUAAUUUCGUAUUUUUAGGGUUUGCUUUCAGUCAAUUCUUGAUUUUCCCCUAAUUUCGUAUUUUUAGGGUUUGAUAAUAUAAAUUAUUCUUAUUCUUAUUUUUUGUGUUACUUGAUCUUUUGGUGAUACCACAUUACAACUAUUUGAGCCACGCAUCUCAAAAAUAUACGUUGGUAAAAAUACUUCUCUGCGAUAAUGAUUAUGUUGAAACUACUGUUGAUUUGAAUCUUUAAGUUUUAAGCAUGUCCCUUUUAUGUUAGUUUAUUUUUAAUGACUUCGCAGUGAGUCUGUACUUCAGCCCCUCAACCAGUUGCCUCCUCCAAAUGUCAAACGGGAGCUUAUAAUGCUUUCUUUACCGGCAAUAGCUAGCCAGGCCAUUGAUCCUAUGGCUCAGCUGAUGGAGACAGCUUAUAUUGGCAGUUUAGGUUGAAAUCUUAUUCUUUAUUUUGAAUUUAAAAAAAACUUUGUUUUCUCUUAUUUUGUGUGUGUCAAUGAUCUCACUUUGUUUUCAUUAUGUGUGCAGGUCCUGUACAGCUGGCAUCCGCUGGUGUUUCUAUGUCUAUCUUUAAUAUCAUUUCAAAGCUAUUCAACAUACCACUUCUUAGUGUUGCUACUUCUUUCGUAGCUGAAGAUUUAGCAAAGUCUUCUUCAGGAUUCUCCUAUGCGAGUACAAGCAGAGAAGUUUCUGUCGCUUAGAGCUCUUGGUGCCCCCGCUGUUGUACUUUCUCUGGCUCUUCAGGGUGUGCUGAGGGGAUUUAAGGACACAAAAACCCCUGUAUUCUGUCUAGGUGUUGCCAAUCUUGCAGCUGUUUUUCUGUUCCCGCUUUUCAUAAAUUAUUUUCAGAUGGGUGUCACUGGAGCAGCCACUGCCACUGUUGUGUCUCAAUACAUAGGUAGCUUCUUGAUGAUUUGGUUUCUUAGCAAGAGAGUAAUAUUAUUACCUCCAAAAUUUGGAGAUCUGAAGUUUGGGGUCUAUUUAAAAUCUGGUGGAUUUCUGAUUGGAAGAACUGUGGCUGUUUUGAUAACUAUGACGAUUGGGACCUCGAUGGCUGCUCGUCAAGGUCCUCUAGCUAUGGCUGCUCACCAAAUCUGUAUGCAAGUGUGGUUGGCUGUCUCUCUUUGAUGGAUUGGCCGCAUCUGGUCAGGUAUGAGCUUUCAUCUAACUAGGAGGUUCGAUAUCCAGGCUAUAGGUUUUUCAGGCAUCUAGACUACCUCUAUUCUACAGUGCUUGUCCAUUAUGAUUUAUGAUUAUCACAAAAGUUGAAGAUUGUGAAUAAUGUGUGGGUUUUAACCAAAUAGGAAAAGCUUCUUGGAUUAAUAAGCAUUUGUUGUUGUCCAAAGAUCCUGAUUUGUGAACAAUAAACCAAAUAGGAAAAGCUACAUAUUUUCUCAGAGUAUUACACUUAUUACAUGUUUAAUAUGAAUAGUUUUAACUUUCUAACACUCAUUCCAAUCUACUUAUGCAAAUUUAAGGCUUGUUUGGUCGUUAUAGGUCAUAUUAGGCUAAAAUGAGGCUUUUUUGCUCCCAAAUAUGAAAUAAAGAACCUUAGGACUCAUUUUAAACAUAU